AAACUGCACAUGCGCAGAAAGGAUUACAUUCAAGGCAGAUGAAAGCUAUUGAUUACAUGGAUUUCUCGUGCUCCUAAUAAACUUUUUGCCACGCGUUUUACCGAACUGAAUUCUAAUAUUCAGUGCUUUUGGAAAGAAAUCGUGUGGAAUCGGAUUACCGUAUCCAAGAAGAUAAUCUCGGGGCAAAAAUAAUCAGGUUUAAUUUUUGCGAUGGCGCGACGGUUUGUGAGACACGUGAUUGGCUCUGUCCAAUCAUGGCGCAGCAACGACAGCCAUGUCUCCUUUGUUCUGGAUUUAACAACGUUGCUGACUAAUUACAAGUUUACAUUUUGUGGAUUUUAAAGAGCGCGUCUUUGAUCGACAGGGAAUGCCGUCGUAUGCGACGUAUCUCAGAAAGAAGACGUGUUUAAGGGGGAUUUCUGCUCAAAUCCAGUUUAAGCCACGCUGGUGCUUGUGUGGGUGGUCACGUGACUCCCCCUGCCCCCACUCCGAACCAAUGAAUGGGGAAGAAGAAGAAGUCGGACAUGUUUGAGGGAAAUGUGUUGAAUAAAAGAAACGUGGCCGAAGACAAGAAGAAAAUCUGGAUUUUUCCAACAAUGAGGAAUUCGACAUAUUUUGCUUUUCCUUUUUAUUUUCAAUUCACUUUAUCUGGAUAGAGGUAUAUGUUAAGAGAUUUAGAUUUUAUUUUUGGAAAACAACAAAAUGUAUUGUAAAACAUUGUUAAUUUAAAUUAGACGUUUUGGUUUAAAUAAUUUAGAGACACAAGAAGCAGUUUGGCUGGUUCGGUGUUUUAUUUUUUCCCACAACCUGACAUUGUUUUAAAUCUGUAACCUUGGCGCUGUGGGGGAUGGGCGGCAGUAUAUUUUACUAAAAAAUCAGUCGUUGUAAAAAAAACAAACAAACAAAAACUUAUAGGUCGCUGUAUCAAGUCAAAAUACGUUCAGUUUAACGUUUGAUAAUGGUUUCUAGAAAGUAAAUAUCAAUCCGUGUGUUUCAGUUGUCCUCUAAAAAAAGAUAAGGCUGAUGUGGAAACUUCGACAAGAUUUGUUGAUAAUGAUGGCCUUUUGUUGCCGAAUACCGAAAACAAGCCGAAUAUUUCGUGGGAAUUAAACGUAUUUUUGAUGUUUUGGGUGAUUUCGCCUUGGGUAGUUCGAUCUCUACGCUGGCCUAAACGCAGUAGUCUUUUUCUUGGAUUUUGUGUAAAUUUCUAAUGUAACUGGCAUGUUUUUUGUAAUUUCAGACUAACUCUAGUAGGUUUAAUACGUAUUUUGUCGUUGUAAUCGGGUUUUAACAACUGCAUGUCGUUUGAAGAACCAAAGUUGCUGCGUCAUUUUAUGGAGGGCACUCCUUGUAGGCCAUGUUGAAUCGAAACGGAUUGAAGGACAUCGCCUUUUUUGUUCGCUUGUUUUAACGUUGGGUUUAAGCUUGCAACGUGUUUUCUUACACUGGGUUGAAAAGUAGAGUUUUAAUGCUGCAUAAUAUUUUUUUGUCACUUUCAGGCCUCGAGGUUUGCGGUUUUCGUUUAACUUUAGGGGAUUUAGCCACAUCACAAGGUUGCCUUUGGUUGUAAGAGUUUUUUUUUUGUAUUUUAGUGAUUUACAGACGGUCCAUGAGGAACAGGCUGUAAGGCGAGGUGAACUAUACGUGUGUGUGCCGCAUUUGUCUGUUACGCGUGACUAAUCGGCUGAGCCAAUGGCGUUUUUCCAACCUGCCCAUCGACGCUCGCGCCUUAGUUCUGGGCAGCCAAUCAGCGAAGACUGUUGACGUAACACAAAACUCUUGAGAAACGCGGUGUUUCGGGAAUUGUUGCCGCGUCUUUGCGUGUUUUAAAUUAUUCGCGAGAACGUUUUACUGAUUUUUAGGUUUUUGUGUGUAGUAGUGGCGUUGCUUAGACGAGUAUUUUUUGCGAAAUAAUCUGCUUUAACUCCACAAAUCGUGCUCCGGUUGAUGCGUGGGCGUGUCUUAUUUGACUGACAGCUAGAGUGGCCGGUAGAAUUCGCGUAGGCGUGUACGUAUGGCGUUAUAUCAGCCAAUGGAGCCGUCGAUGGGUUUAUAAAAAGUCGGGCGGAGCCUUAACGUCGCCAUUUCAUUGUAGCUCUGAGCUGGAGGAUAGAGGAAGUCAGAAAAACAAGGCCGCGAAACUCGGAUACGCGAACGAAACCGGUUUAUAAACAGAAUCCGGAUCCAUCCCGAUGGAGACGGCCAUUAGCCCGCCCUUUGACAGCUCUCUGGGCGGGGGCGACGGCAUGCAGGGGGUCACCAUGAUGAUGGAGCAGAGCCUCUCCACCCCUGGCAAACGCAUCCGCAAGCCGUCGCUGCUGUACGAGGGGUUCGAGGGACCCGCUCUGCCCCAGGUCCCUCAAUCCGGGCCUCAUCAACCUCCUGUGAGGGACCCUGCUCGCCAAGGCCGCAUGACCAACCAACUGCAGUUCCUUCAGAAAGCUUUGCAGAAGACUCUGUGGAGACAUCACUUCGCCUGGCCUUUCCAUGAGCCGGUGGACGCUAACAAGCUCAACCUGCCUGAUUAUUACAAGAUCAUUAAACAGCCCAUGGAUAUGGGCACUAUCAAGAAAAGACUGGAAAACAAUUAUUACCGCAGUGCCAGUGAGUGCUUGCAGGAUUUCAACACCAUGUUUACCAACUGCUACAUCUACAACAAGCCAACAGAUGACAUCGUCCUGAUGGCUCAGUCUCUGGAGAAGGCUUUCCUGCAGAAGGUCGCACAGAUGCCCCAAGAGGAGGAAGAGAUUCCUGCACCUGUCCCUAGGGGCAAACAGGGCAAACCUAAAAAAGGACACAAAUUAAUCUCAGGUGGAUUCACAACAGCUCAUCAAGUCCCUGCUAUAUCUUCUGUGUCCCAGUCGGCCUACUCCCCUCCCACUCCAGACACCCCAGACUCAGUCCUCUCCACCCCACCCCAGAUGCUGAUAACCAAGACUUUGCCUCCCACUUCACACAGCACCCCUGCACUGAUGGGUCUGCCUCCUACUCAACCGACUACAAAAAAAAAGGGUGUGAAGCGCAAGGCAGACACAACCACCCCCACCACCACGGGCAUGCCACUCACUUUGGGUGUAGGUGGGAUGGGUCUCGGUAUGGGCGGAGGUGACUCCCCGCUCACCCUCUCCGCUUUGGGUGCUGACCCCAAACAGAGCCUGUCUCUCGGCCUGGGGAUGAGUAUGGGUAUGGGCCUUGGUGGAGGUCUGGUUGGAAGCCUGGUUGGAGACAAAGUGCCGGCAAGACGCGGUGGCAGUGGCAGGCCCAUCAAACCACCACGGAAAGACUUGCCCGACUCCCAGAACCAGCAUCAGCCAGUGCGUCGCGGGAAGCUGAGCCAACAGCUACGGUACUGCAGCACGAUUCUCAAAGAGCUGCUGUCGAAGAAACACGCAGCCUACGCCUGGCCCUUCUACAAACCAGUGGACGCUUCCUCACUAGGACUGCACGACUAUCAUGACAUUAUCAAGUAUCCUAUGGAUCUAAGCACAAUUAAGAGGAAAAUGGAUCAUCGGGAGUACAGGGAUGCAUUGCAGUUUGCUGCUGACAUAAGGCUAAUGUUUUCAAACUGUUACAAGUACAAUCCCCCAGAUCACGAUGUGGUGGCCAUGGCCAGAAAACUACAGGAUGUCUUUGAGUUCCGGUUCGCCAAGAUGCCGGAUGAGCCCCUGGAGUCCCUCCCACCUGCGUCCCUGGGCGGCGGCCUGGGCGGUCACUCCUCCUCUUCCUCCUCCUCUUCCUCCUCGUCGUCGGAGAGCGACGUGAGCAGCGAGAGUGAGAGCGAGAGCAGCCCGAGCUCUGACAGUGAGGAGGAGAGAGCGCAUCGCCUGGCCCAGCUUCAGGAACAGGUGUGUACACAGUUGAGGGCGGUGCAUGAGCAGCUGGCCGCGUUGUCCUCUACACCCAUCAUCAAGCCCAAGAAGAAGAAGGAAAAGAAAGACAAGAAGAAGAAGAAGAAGCCAGAAAAACACAAGCGGGGCAGGAGCACGAUAGAGGAGGAGGUGGUCGUACGGCCGCCAAAAACGCCAAAACUCUCUAAGACACCAAAGAGCAAGAGCAACAGCAAAGCAGCGAGCUCCACUCAGGGCAAGAAGAACUCCAAUAAGAAGAGCAGCAAGAGCAAGUCCUCAAAGAAAUCUCAACCCUCUGCCUUUAACUCUCACCAAAUGAGCCAAGGCGGUCUCACGCCGCACUACGACUCUGAGGAGGAAGAGGAGACCAGCCCCAUGAGUUAUGAUGAGAAACGACAGCUCAGUCUGGACAUCAACAGGCUGCCGGGCGAGAAACUGGGGCGCGUCGUUCACAUCAUCCAGUCGCGAGAGCCCUCGCUGCGUGACACCAACCCAGAGGAGAUCGAGAUCGACUUCGAGACGCUGAAGCCGUCCACGCUCCGUGAACUGGAGCACUACGUCAUGAUGUGUUUACGCAAGAAACCACGCAAACCUAAUGCCGCAGUCAAAGGCACUCCAGGAAAAUCCCGUGAGGAGCUGGCUCUGGAGAAGAAGAGAGAGCUGGAGAGACGACUGCAGGACGUCAGCGGUCAGCUCAACUCUGCCAAGAAACCACAGAAAACCAAAGUGGAGAAGCCCAUCGCAGCGGAGCCUCAUGCCGUGGCGUCUCGUCUCAGCGCCAGCAGCUCCAGCUCAGACUCCUCCUCCUCAUCAUCCUCUUCCUCGUCCUCUGACACCAGUGACUCGGACUCGGACUGAAAGAACGGACUUCAAAUAAAACAUGCACUCCAUCCCAGAACUGAGUUUCUGCUCUUAAUAACAGUAACUAAUGAGGAAGGGCAGUGUUUCUCUUUAGAUGCAGGUCGAAGAGAAUUCUGGGAAAUGUUGGACAGAAGGAGCUGACAGAAAAGCGGACCAGGGCAUCGUCGUCUAAUUUGGGACUCCUUUCUGUUAGUCCAUCCUUCUUUACUUUGUGUAUAUACGUGUACAAAGAUAUAUAAAUAUCUAUUUUUCUUUUAUAAAGAAGAAUUUUAAGCAAUUCCCUGGUAGGGAAGAAAACAAAUCUUUUUCUUUUGUGAAUAUUUUUUCCCCCUUUCUCUCUCCCUCUUUUCGUUUGACCUUCUAGUAGUUUGUCCUAAAGAAAACAAAAGGCUUGGAGUGGAAACUGCUGUCACUUUUGUUUGCAUGAGCGAGUGUGUGAUGUGUACGUGUGCCAUUGAAUCCCGUGGUUUCCUAUUUACACACUUUGCACAUACGUGAUGUGUUGGCGCUUGGAUGUGCAUUUGAAUGAAAAAACAAAGCUCCACCUAUUCAAAUGGCAUCUGUGCACCCAGAAGUCAUGAGAACACCUGUCUGUGUCUGAUGGGCGACUCGUUGGGUUUAGUGGCAUCUUAAAACUUGAAUCUGAGCACCUCUCCAUCCAGCCUGCUUUAUUCCCGUGGUCAAAUGAAUGAUCUUCAUUGUUUUAUAUACAAACACACAGAAUCCUGCUCUUUGUAUUCAGCUGGGCCACAUGAGCAUUCGUUUUUGUUUUGGAUGUGUAAGUUAUUUUCACGUUCAUGUGGUAUUGGUCAUGAUGAGUCUUAGAUGCACUAUGAGAGGUACACAGCUGCUUAAUUAGGUGUUGAUGUGAAUACUGUUUGUAAAUCUUGGUUUUUGAAUUUUAGUCUGGAUUUUAGUGUUUUUUUUCUUUUUUUUUUUUUUUAAUAUUCGCACAGUUUAUGGUUUUAACAAAGUGACCCUCGUAUACAGAAGUUAAAUGCUUGGAAAUAUAGUUUAUUACACAAUAAUAGCUACAAUAAAAUUUGAUUUUUUUUAUUUUAUUUUGUACAUAUGUAACAGUUUCAUGACCUCGCAGCUUGCAUCUGUCAAUAUGACCUGAUUUCUGUUUCCUGCAUUUUUUUUCUUUGUUUACUACUGUCUUUAGCUCUUCUCUUUAGUAUUGUGGCUGGUUUUUUCCACAGCUCAUUUUUUUUGUUUGUUUUUUAAGAAGACAACAGCAAAACAUAACAACGAAAUGAAACCUCAAGCUGUAAGCAUCGUCUCAACAGAUGCUUCAUGCGACCAUUAUUCUCAUCUGAAAAAUGUCACGUUAAUAAAGAGGGUGAGAUGUCCUUAAAACAAAAA